AAAGAAAGACGCUGCAGCUCUGGUUAUUCAAAAACAACAGAAUUCUCAGUUAGGUACAAGAGGUAGAAGUAUAACGACGUGUUAUUGAGAUUUUUUAAUAAUAGGAGUAAAUUACAGUGAAUAUUUUUAACGAGAUGAUGUAUAGUUAACUUGCGGACUAGAUAUUAUAAACACUAAGUACUGGAUUGCGUGUUCGCCAGAAGUUUCCAAGAGUAAACUCAGAAGUACAUGCUAGGAAAUUUAAAUAAUUCAAAUAGGAAUACGUUUCAGAAAUCUUUGAAUGAAAUGGAUAGUACACAAAGGUCACAAGUGUGUCAAGGAUCCAAUACUCCAUCCACCGUUAAUGAAAACUAUCGAUGUCCACCAAAAGAAAACAUACUCCAACCUGUUUCAGUUCACAGCGACUCGGAAUCUUCCGGUGAUGAAAAGCAGAAUCCCAAAGUCAACAUAAGCCUUAUUCCGGUGUUUAUAUUAGAGACCAUCUCUUUAGGAAGUCUAGCAGUCUUGGCAUACUUUCUUAGGUUUGAGGAUAUUUUUCCAGUAGUUAUUCGAGGCUUUAUUAUCAACGAUCCCAAGCUUAUGUAUCCCAAGGAUCCAGAUUAUGAAAAUUCUACGAUUCCAGUUAAUUUCAGCGACAAUACGCUAUAUGCAACAUCCCUCGCCAUCCCAUUAGGAUUAAUUUUGCUUGGAGAAAUUGGAUACUUUAUGUUUUCAAGAAAAUCAAGAAAAGUAGUCCGCUUGGGGUGUAAGGGGUUUAAACUACAUAUGGUCACACGCAGAAUUCUUCGCUUCACAGGAGCAUUUCUAUUUGGGUUGCUUAGUACCAGCAUCUUGACCGAUGGCCUUAAAGUAGCUACUGGUCGACCAAAACCGUACUUCAUAAAAGCUUGUAAUGUAACAGAACAGUUUAAUAACAUGUACGAAUUUUAUUACUCAAGCGUCUGUGGCACUUCCGAGGAAGAUCUUCGAGAGGCUCGGUUGAGUUUUCCAUCGUUUUAUGCCUCACUUUCGGCUUAUUCAGGAGUGUACGUAAUGAUCUAUGCACAUUGUGUCCUAACUGUCCGAUCGUCCACGAUACUCCGUCCGCUUGUAAUAUUCUCUAUCAUUAGUUUGUUCAUAUUGUGUGGAGCGUCACGAAUUGUACUACACAGAAGCCACUGGGAGGACGUAGUUGCAGGAUGGGUUCUUGGAGGUUCUGUGGCAGCUUACAUUGUAAAUACUUCUUCUAUGACUUUGAAUCUAGCUAUAUUUAAGUGUAUCUCCACUUUAAACUGUUUCCAUGAGUAUCAUCAGUUGAGAAGAGAGUGCUGUUCUCACAAAAAGAGAAGCAAUUUCUUUCCAUUGAAGCGACAGCGUCCUCUAUUCUACCGAUAUUUUCGAAUUCCACAUGUCUCUUACCAGUAUUCCCAGAAUCAGACGCUUCCUAACAGUGAUCUUAACACAAAUUAUUCAGAGACUACUUUCCAAAGGACAAACUCUUACCCACAAGAUCUAAAUCGACCAAUAGAUAUGAGGCAGGUAGAUGAAAGAUAUGAUUAGGUGAAACCGUCAACGAUGUUUGGAAAAUAGGAACACAAGUUCACCACCAUCAAUUUUCUGUAAAGGUUUUAAAAUUUCGAAUGAUAGGAGCUCGUAUACGACUUAUUUAAAUUAUGUAAAAUGUGAAACAUUAUACUUAUGUUUUACUUUAUUUUAAACUUUUCUAAUUAUUUGGUUGAGCUAGCUUAGAAUCAUAUAGAAUUAAAUAAAAUUAGACAAAACAGUACUGAUUCAAUACUGACCCGUGUCGUUCUCGUUUUUUUUUUAGAGUACUAUUAAACCUUAAAAUAUUAUAAGGAAUUAGUACGUGUUAUAGAUGGCAUUGCUGAACUGUUAUUGAGGAACAUGUAUUUUUGUUUAGGACAACUAAUUAGUUUGAUGUCCCACAUACAAUAAUCAAACAUUGUUGAGCAUCUUCCUAACCAAUACCACGUUAGCAGCUGAAAUUAACAUCUUUGAGACUGAAACACCACUCCAUUCAAUAGCUUAUACCAACAAAAAAGCGUCAGUUUUCUACUGAGAAAACCAAAGAAAACAAUAUAGUGGACUAGUUAUUAACAACUGAAAAGCUGGAUAACAAUUUAGUUCAAAACUUUUAAGAUAGUUAUGAAACAUUUAAAAAACCGUUUCCUCCGAAAAAUAACAUUUUUUUUUCAUUAUUUAAAGAAGAAAAUUUUAUAUAUGUUAUUGAUUAAAUAUUUAUGUCGUUCUUAGAUUUCUGAUGUUCAUAAUUAGAAUUGUUCCUCUAAUGUAAAUGAAAAGAAAAAUAAUUACCUAAAAUUGAAAAGUUAUUAAAAGUUAAAACUUUCCGCUAUUACAGCGGAAUCUAGUGAGCAUAUUUCAAAGUUGUUCAUUAUGUAUUACAUACCCAAGCUGAAAAUCACAACUAAACGUUUUCAGGAAAUUUGUGGGGAAAAUGCAUAUCUUAUUUAUAUUUUUCUCUUGUGAUUUGAAAUUAUAAAACUACGUAAACGGCAAGGAAAUAUUUUUUACAAAAUAUUUUAACACAACUUCACACCAAGUUCUAUAAUUGAAAUGCAGUUUACUAUUAUUAUUUACUAUUAUUAUUUUAUGGCCUCGAUAUUAACCAUUUUAUACAGCAAAUAUUUGAUUAAAGACAAAAAUAAAAAAAAUAUAUGUUACUAUAUAAUCUGAAGAUCUAAUUUCAAUGCAAUUUUUUGUAUUUUAUGUUUGUUUCUUUAAACUAAAUAUCUAAUUAUAUUUUCUAAUGCAAUGCAUGCUAGUCUAUAAAAACACGUGUUUCACAUUCAGUAGAAUGUAGAGAGGUCUCUAGAAAAUAUUGUUAGUCAAAAGCACUUGAUGUUUUUAUUCUUUACUAAUAUUAUCAUCUGCUAAUAUGUAAACCUUCAUUUUCAGUGAUUUAAACCGGAAUUUAUGCUUGAGAAUUCGUUGUAGUCAGUUCUUACAAUUCGGAAAUACGAAAGAUGUAAUGACUCAUUCGAGAGUCAUUGCCCUUAACAUUUUCAUUUAUGUUGGAAUGUGUUCUCCUAGAUUAAGCUUAUUUUUAUUUGUUCACCUUGAAAUAAAAUAUACAUACAUUUUACAAAAUUAAACAUAAAAUUAAUUAACCUGCGUGCCUUGUGAAUUUUUUGUCUCGAU